AUGGCGAUCACGAUUCAAGAAACCUCUGUGUUGUACAAUAACCAGUUUCGGCCUUAUCGCGGUAAUUUUCUUGAACCCAGAAUAUAUAAAAAACAUGUUCAAAAAAAAGCAUUAGAAAUAUGGAAGCAACUAGGUGGUGGUGAUAUAAGUGCAGAUUUUCUAAAAGCCCAAAUGAAUUUAUACAAAAACAAAAAACAUCUCUUCGAUGAUGAAUUCAUCGCAUCAGUUGAUACAGUUACUAAUUGGUGGAUGUCCAUAGAUCUUAAGAAUAAUGAAGAACAUAUCAAGCGCCUUGCUAUGAAGCUACAUUCUAUCUUCCCUCAUAAUGCUGCAUGUGAACGUCUCUUUAGUAUAUUAGGAUGGUAUUUUGGAAAAAGGCGAACUAGGCGAGUUCAUUUUUCUCUAUGUUGUAUAAAAUUUAAAUUGAGCCUUGAUCGUCUUGAGAUUAUGGCCCAGAUGUAUUCAUAUCUAGUUGAAAAUGUUGGGUCAGAACUUAAUUAUAUAGAACAAGAUUUUCGUCAAGAAGAUUUUCUAGCGAUUUUUAACAAAAUUGCAAGCUCUAUGGAAGAUGGAUCUGAUCUGUUUAAACAAAUGGAAGAGGACGUAGAAGAGCUUUCAGAAUUGGAUGACUUAGUGGGAGAGAAUUCGACAAAAUUAGAAGUCGAAAAUAUUAUAAAUUUAUCAUCUAAAUUAGAGAUUAAUGAGUCAAGUGCGAUUGAAAAAAUUGGAGAAGCAACUAAGAUGGGAAUUACACCUCAAGAUAUCUGUGAGCAAGUACUAGAACUUGCAAAAAAGGGUCUAACACCCUCACAGCUCUGUGUAUUCCUUCGGAACUUGUAUAAUUUUAAACCAGUUAAAGACAUUAUGGUGAAUAAAAUUUUUAGAAUCUUGAAGUCUUACGCACCCGAGAUUCCUGAAGACCUUUAUCAUUUGAUCAAGAAAGCUAUCGCUGUUUGA